CCCGCCUUGAGCCCGAGACCGGGAAAGCAAAGCAAGCGUCUCGCGCCGCUCAGAAACAGGCAGCGUCGGGCGAGGGUACGGCGGGGGGCGGGGUCUGUCUCCCUCCCAGCCAAUGGCGAAGGGCGUGGACUGGCGCGCGCGUGCCGCGAGCUCCAGUUCCGGCGGGUUGGCGGCGGCGCCCCGCCCCCCCCCCCCCGGGCCAUGGAUCCCGCCGAGGCCGAGUUCCUGGCCGAGAAGGAGCUGGUGACCGUCAUCCCCAACUUCAGCCUGGACCGCAUCUACCUCAUCGGGGGGGAUUUGGGUCCCUUUAAUCCUGGCUUGCCUGUGGAAGUGCCUCUUUGGCUAGCUGUUAACCUAAAACAGAGACAGAAGUGUCGGCUAAUACCUCCUGAAUGGAUGGAUGCUGAAAAGCUGGAGGAAAUCCGGGAUCAGGAACGCAAAGAGGAUACUUUCACUCCUAUGCCCAGUCCCUACUACAUGGAACUAACUAAGCUGCUGUUAAACUAUGCCUCAGACAGCAUCCCAAAAGCAGAUGAAAUCCGAACACUGGUUAAGGAUACCUGGGAUACGCGGCUAGCUAAACUGCGGCUGUCUGCGGACAGCUUUGUCAGACAGCAGGAGGCCCAUGCCAAGCUGGAUAAUCUGACCUUGAUGGAGAUCAACACCACUGGGACUUUUCUUACUCAAGCCCUAGAUCACAUGUACAAGCUACGCACAAACCUUCAGCUGGGUGAGAGUGCCCAGUCCCAGGAUUUCUAAGAUGCCUUCUGACAGUCCUCAUGGGAUGAGGCAAUAAUAGUAGGAGGACUCUGCUCUCUGGACACUAUUAAUGAGUCCUAAUGGAACUUCUCUUAUGCUGUUUUUAUGCCUUAAAUGCCCUGUAUAGAUCUCUGCUAAAAACCAUGCAAGUCUUAUACAUUUCCUGUCAAUUGUAUCUAACUUGAGGCUCUGUGGUGUUUGCGUGAAGGCUGGUUUCCCUCAGUUUGUGUGCAGGCAACAGAAAGAAGGCAGCAUUGUGGCUGCAUAUUAAUAAGUUGAGGACUGCUGAUGGCACAGAGGGCAUUCCCUGCUCAGCAGCUAUCGUGAACAGCUUCUGCUCUAUAAUGAGCUUCUUUGGCAAAACAAAUGAUUCUACCUGGCAAACUCUCCCAGCCCCUAUGCAGCUGUCUUUGCAAGAUGAAUUGGUUGAAGCAGUUAGAUGCUGUGGGUAGGUUUUUCUUGUUAAUCUCUUAAAUGAUAUGUAGCAGCAAUAAAUAUGCUCUUAGUUUAGUGUUUUGUUCUUCUCCUUCCACUGGUUGUCUAAAGCCUGGCUGAGGAAGAUCUCAGAAUAGGACUGUUUUUAAACACCUGGAUGCACAGCAGUCCUGCCUUCCCUGGGAUAGUGAUAUAUGGAUUUUAACCAACUCUACUGUAUGGUGAGGCUUGUUUCUUCAACUGGGCCAUCACUUACAACAGUAUAUUCAUCUCUAAGCACAGCUGAUAGAUGAGCUCACGUGGCUGGCUUGCCAAGGCCAUUUAAGUGCACUGUUCUCUCUGUGCACUUGUAGCUUUGUAUUUCUCCCUCAGUGGGAGGAUACAGCUUUAAAGAGAACAUGCACUACCUCAUUUGGUUCAGAUACUGCUUCUAGCAGGCCACUGAGAUUGUGUAGAUUCAGCUGUGGCAGGUAGUGGCUUACCAGCAGCAUUUCUUUCUCAUUUAUACUAAGAAAAAACAAUCCCUUUGUUGAUUUUUCCUGAAUAUGAAUAUUAUCAUAACAAUAAUCUCUGCAACAGAGAGAAUAUUAGGUGGCAUUCAUAGAGCCUGUUCCUGGACACUGCAGGGUAGGUGAUCGUUUGAAAGCAAAAGAUUAUGAUGUAGUUUAGCUCCCACUGCACUGAAUCUAAUCUUUAAUCAAUGCCAGUUGCUGUGCUAGGCUCUAUGUGGAUAGCAGUAAAGGGGAGAACCAAGCCAAUCUGCUGGCUGUUUGGGAGACUAAGUGGGUUUAAAAACCAGUUGGAGGAGCGGAAGGAAAUAUUCCUGGUAGUUGGAAGACAUAUCACUGUGACAUAUUGUUCGUUUGAUCUUUUGACUGAAGUUACUAUUUGUUUUAAAAAAAAAUAAAUAAAUCAUGCAUAUAAAAGUGAGCUGUCUGUCAGAAGAAUAAGACUCCUUUUCCUUUAACAUCCACUGGUACACUAAUUGUGUGAAGAUCUAGAUGGUAUUGUGUGAAAACACCUCCUCUUCUCUUGCCCUUUGCAGCUCACAUUAGGGGCCUUGUCUAUCUCAGAAUCUAUAAACUGGUCUUACUGUUGGUUUUAGGCUCUAUUAUAGCACUUGCAUCACUGUGAACACCACAAGGAAUCGCAUGUGUAUGGGGGCUGCCCUUCACUCAAUGGAAAGCAAGUCUGUUGUCCAUGGCUCUCAUCAGGCAGCAGUAGUUAAUCACCAUAACGUUUCCCAACUGUCUUUACUCUCAAACAAUUGAAAUGUCUUCCAGAUAUCUCCCACCAUCUAUUCCCUUCUGAGAUUCCCCUAUGCUGAUUUUGCUAUCCCAUUGUCUUUUUUAUGUAGUUCCUGGUUAACUUGUAUGUAUCUCAUUAUAGUGAGGUGGUUGAGAGUGAAGUGGCCUAUGUAUCUGAUGAUGGAACAUGAGGUAGGAUACUCUGGACUGACUUGAUCCUUCUGAAAUAAUGAAUCCCCUGACUUAAAACCGCUUGUAGAGCUCAAGCUGGGCUGGUGCUGGCUAAAUGCCAUGAUGUAGUGUCAACCACACAAUGCCUUUUUGCUGGAAUCUUGUAAAUGGUAGUGCAGUGCAUUGCACAUGUUGUCCUUCACUCUGGAUCAGUGUAACUUUUCCAUCCACUAGGGGGAGGGAAAAACAACCCUUUGCCAUGAUUUAGGACAAUUUUAUUUUUUGGAUGUUGUCAGAAAUUACAGCAAUAUAUUCAUAAAUACCUAAUUACUACAUUCAACAAAUAAUAUAUUACAUUACAAUUAAUUCAAACAAGUACACUUAGAACAGGUUUAAUUUUUCUUUCACAGCAUCUAAACUGCCCCCAGCAGGCCUGGGCUUCCUCCCCCUUUACCUUUCCCUCCCAUGCUCUGGUUUUUACUGCUCUAGCAAUUCUGCACAGGGUACAUACAAAUAAACACAACCAGUCAACAUGGCCCUUGGGGCAAGGGAGAGGGAGGGGAGUAUUACUGAGACUUUUUAAUCAGUGGGUCAAGAAGUUGGUGAUUAGCUCCUUUCUCUAUUGGUAUUUGAGGAAUGGGGAUGGACUCAACACUCAAGUGCAGGAAUUGUUGCUAAGCGAAGUUACAUUUUCAAACAGGCUCCUAAACAUUGUCAUCUGGUGGUGUGCUUGUGAACUCCCACUCUGCAGUGUAUUGAAAUUGAUAGAUAACCUGACAAUGAACUUUUUUCUCAUGGGCGGGGAGGGGAAACAGUGAUUUAAACAUAGUGUAUUUUUUCUGUGUUUAAAAUUAUCAUGAAGUCUGUGAAUUGGCAACUAGUAGGCCAAAGGCUCGCUAUGCAAUCUGGUUUAAAGAACUGUCAGCCAUAAGUGUAUUUUACUUCUUAAACAGGAAAGUUAAACCAAGAAUUUGUGUGCUUUUUUUAAUGCGCUUUUUGGCGCCUGCAAUAAUAGACCGUAAACACAAAGCAGUGGUAACUUCCUUUCUUUAAACUGAGCCCUAUUCUUUUAAAAAAGCCUCCAAUAUUUAAAAUGCAAUUACGAUUAGAAAAGUGACCCUAAAAACAGCAUUACAUUGCGGCUUGGUGUAUUCUGAGUCAUAGCUUCCUCAUCUACUACCCACUCAAUUUUUUUCUGCUGUCAGUCAUGUAGUAUUUACAAGACUGAACACCAGAAGCUAAAUUCUAGUUACCUCAGCAGCAGCAUUGCCAACUAAAUUCUGAUGCUAGAAUCUUUUGAUUGCUGACAGGGUAUGAAGCAGGAAGGCUAUGGCUUUAGUUUCAGGUUAGCAGUAACCAACCUUGGCAUUAAAAAUGGGCUCGCUUUAAACUGUAAAAGUCUGAUAACAAAAGCAUCAACUAAGAGUAAAUCUUUAAAAAUCACAUAGUAUUCUAGUCACUUGCCUGCUCAUAAUGGCCCUUUAAAAAGAUCUCUGCCCUCUGAGUGAAAGGAAAACUACAGGCCUGUUGCUGUGAAGACAUUGCUAGUCAUGGAAGACAGAAGUUCCUUCACGUAAAUACUCUGAAACCAGAGUGGCAUAAAUCAGCUCUGAAGACAACUGUGCAGUGUAAUAUUUGCUGUUCUUCCUAUUGUAAUGUUGAUGUAGUUUUGUCUGCUCUUCAGUCUCCUCGAGGGAAAAUAGUGUCAGCCCACCAGAAAAGAAGAAUCACACAUGAGCAGUUAUACAAUCCAUCAUUUCAGCUUUUUUGGUAAAGCUAAAUUGACACUAGUCAGCGACUGCUUUAUUUUCUUCCAUUUGCAAAAUGGAACGGGCUCAAGCUAGGCUGGAGGUUUGCUGUUUGCACUGCCCUAAAAACCAUUAUGAAAGGGGAAAAAAUAUAGAAUUGCAUGGCUUACCAUAGGCAUUAGUUUUAGCUUUCCUUUCUGGUCCUUUUCCUUAUUUAUUGUUCAUGCGGCAUUACAGCCUUAGCUUUAUUUAAUCUGAUUGUCGUGGGAGG